AUGUUUUUCUGGAACAAGCGGCCGCGGUGGCCACCUUCGCCCUCGGUCGAAGGCGAAUUUGAAUCGCUCUCUCGGGAGCUACACGGAUUGACCAAGAUUGGAGACAAGCCUGGAAUUGAAGGAGUCUGUGCCAGAGGGUCUAUCGAUCAAUACCCGGUGAUCAUUGAAACACUCUCACUCACGUCCAUCGUUCAAACCGAUACCCUAGGAGGUUAUGGCCACGGGAGCACCUCUUCCGUUAUUAGUUCCGGACCACCCACACCACCUUCGGAGUCCAAACAGCCCUGCCUGUUCGAUGCUGGUAAUGCCACACAGCAAGGAUCUCAACUCAGGCCAGCGCCUUUGGCGACACCACCUAUGUCUCGAGACACAUCCCCCCGAGGCCAGCCACGCGCACCAGCACCUCAACCGGUACAGAACAGUAGGCCCGCAACUGGCCAUCAAAAAUUAGCUUCUCAACCCGUGAACUCUGGCUCCCAGGGCUCCAAGGAACAAAAGGACAGCGUCCCAGCAUUGCACAAGGCGAAUUCCAGUCCAAUUCCACUGAAACCUUCCAAGCCAUCUGCCCCUGUGCGCACCUCUUCAUUGCCAAGCAAGCCUGCUUCCUCCAUUCUAAAGAGGUCCGUGUCUGGCCGUCCUACAGGCCCGCCGGGAACCAAAAUCCAGCAGCCUACCCAGUUCACCCCAAGCCCAGUGAAUGCCACAAAGUCGCCUCCCCCAAUACGUACAUCUUCCUUGGCAAACAAGUCUGCUUCGUCUGUUCCAAAGCCGUCGGGGGGUGUCAGGUCUAAUCAACCCACAGGAACUAAGGUCCAGCACCCUCUUCCAGUCAGCUCAACCCCACAGCAAGCUGUCAAACAGCCUUCUCCCAUGCCUACUUCAUCGUUACCAAGCAAGCCUGCUUCCAUCACAAAGGAGUCACGGGGUGUCAAGCCUGACCAACCUACGAGACAGUCAACAGCUAAUGUCAAGCAGUCCCUCCCAGCCAAUCUAAGCCCUCAGAAAGUCACAAAGCCGGUGCCUCAGGUGCAUACUUCUUCUCUUCCAAACAAGCCUGUUUCCUCUUCUGUUCCAAAGCGGCCGGCGAGCAUCAACACUAGCGCCCAACAGCCUAACUCAGCCCCCGGCCAUCAAGCCGAUUUAGCUGCAACUAAGGAAAAAGACCAUGGCAUCAAGCCAGGACCAAGCCCGGCGCCUCAAGGAAGUGGAAAGCCUUCCGUGGGAUCCCCGAAAACACUAAGCCUGGCCGAGAGAUUGGAAGAGAAACUGAGGCGCAAACAUGAACAGAGAGAGUCGGGUGGUUCCCCAGAUGCACAGAAGACAAAUCCACCUACCCCAGUCUCUGAUCCAAAACCCAGUGGCCCCAUUGUUGCCAAAAGUGAUCCAACUACUACUCAGGAGCCAGCUAACCAGGCACCCCGUCCACAACUUGCACACAGAUCAGCAACGGUUGCCCCACCAUCAGUCAAGAAAGGCUCAGGCCCCGCCUCUCUCAUUGAAAUGCCGGUGCCAAGGUUGGUGCCAUCAGAUGAGGCGCAGUCUGCUCCUGUCCUACCCAAACGGACUUUUUCAUUUCAAACUGAGGCCCUAAAGCCCGCUUCUUUGAAAAGUUUGGAACAUACUCUCGAGCAGCUGCAAUCUCUACAAGUUAGCCUCCCACAACCAGUUCGCCCACCAUCUCCGAGCAGGUUUGGUCAGUGUCUGUUACCCUGCCCUAGGUCUGUCCCAGUGGCAGGAUACCAGGACUGGUACACAAUAAAAGGUAUGACUCACUUGAACAUCUGUCCCUCGUGCCUGAACCAGAUGCGCAAGUCGAAGUUCCGCGACCUCUUGAUAUUAGGAACCCCCCGGCCACGCUCGGAGAAGGUCCGUUGUGCGAUGAGCGAGCCAUGGGCCCGGCUCGCCUGGAUGCAAACAAUCAAUAAACAGCUCGACCACCUGCACCUGCUCUGCCAGAUCACCCAGCCACCCCUAGGAACCAAGCCAUGCACAGGGCGUGUUGUCAGCGAGCAGCACUGGUACCGCGUCGUCGACCCUGCCACGGGAGCGUUCCUUCCAAAGUUCAACGUCUGUUCCGCAUGUGUUCGAAAUCUAAGACUCCUCAUGCCCCCACAUCAAGAUACAUUCAAGCUUUGCACCACUCUACAAGAGCGUGUCUGCGAUUUUGUGACGGACAGCCCCCGCUUCGUCCGGUACAUUGACCUUCUCGACAUUGCUGCGAACCGUGCCGAGCAAGAGCACUCACCCCAGCCCGACCUGAGUGAAUUCAUGGCCUAUGCUCGCCGCAAGGUCGUGCUUCGGGACUGCCGCCGUAGCCGGGUAGCGCUUAAUACGUGGCACUACAUGCCCCAACUCCCGGAGCUCACGGUAUGCGAGGACUGCUAUGAUGAUGUAGUGUGGCCCAUGGUCAAGGCCAACUAUCCCAUUGCCCGUAAAUUCUCAGCCAUGAUGCGCCUGCCGCCGGGCGACGGGCUGGCUCGCUGUCGGGAGGCAAGCUGCCAGCUCUACUCUCCUCGCAUGCGGCUGAAGUUCCGGGAGGCUGUGGAGGAAAACGACCUAGCCUACCUGAACAUGAUUGCUCUGCAACGGUAUGAAGCCGAGCAGCGGUAUCGGAAACACAGGGCCCAGCUACUGGAAGAUGAGGAACGCGGAUACGACUGUGAUGCGGAGCUCAGGAGAAACCUGGAAGAAUGGAAGAGAUGGGAGUGA